UGUUAUUUUGAACAACAUUUUUAAUUUUGACUGCUGUUCUGACAGUCAAUCGUCUUUUGCCACACUACAACAACAAUUGUGUUUAUUUGCUCGCCCCAUUCAUUCCCCUCUCCUCUCCAUAUAUUCUCUCAGUACUAUAUAUACAUAUGUAUAUUCCACUCUACUCAUUACAUUACUCAGCAGUUACUGAUAUGUAUAUGUAUGGUAUGGAUAUCUGAUCGAUCACUCCUUCAUUCCCUGCAAGAAACAACAACAAUAGUAGUACUUGAUUGUCUUCUUUAUGACAUGGGCUGUGCUUUUUUGAAGUUCGUUGUAGUUCUAAUUCUGCAGGUUGUGCUGAUUUUCGGAGGAGGGUUUUGCUAUGACGACGGCGGAAAUGGAGAAAUGGAAGAGGAGGAGCUGUCGGGGCUUUUCGAGGUAAUGGGCUCGCUUCUCGACGAUCCCAGUUGGGCCCAAAUGCAUCCUUCGCCGUGUACGGACACGCCAUGGCCGGGGGUCGAGUGUGAGCUCGCGGAAGACACAUCUGUGUUCCACGUCACCAAGAUUCAUGUCGGAACAGAUGUCAUCUCCCCGCCCUGUAAAGAUUCAGCCGGAAUAUCCGACUCGAUCCUCAAAUUGCCCUACCUGAAAACCCUAUCCCUCAUGAACUGUUUCACCACUUCGCCUGUUUCGUUGGCCAUUCCUAAAGUUCUUGGAGCCCUGUCGUUUCUAGAACAUUUGGCCCUCGAAUCGAAUCCAAGCCUGUCGGGACCGAUCCCUUUCGCCAUGUCCAACCUCGUCAACCUCAAAACGCUCUGCCUGUCGCAGAACAAUCUGACCGGCGAAAUCCCUGGAGAAAUCGGGGCCCUGGUGAACUUGCAGCAGCUCGAUCUGAGCCACAAUAACCUGACGGGUCCUGUCCCCGGAGAAAUUGGCAGCCUGGAAAACCUCGGCAUUCUCGACGUCAGCUGGAAUUCAUUACAAGGCCUUAUCCCAUCUUCAAUUGGGGACCUCAAAUUCCUCAAAAAGCUCGAUUUAAGCUCCAACAAACUUCAGGGAAGACUCCCCGACGAGGUGGGGAAAUUGAAAAGAUUAGUUCUGCUGGAUUUCAGUCACAAUUCUCUAACAGGCCCGAUCCCCGAAACCCUGUCGGGUUUGCAGCAACUGCAGUACCUUGUAAUGGAGAGCAACCCGUUGAAUUCAACCAUCCCGUCGUUCAUCCCGUCGAUGUCCGAGCUCAGCGUGUUGACUUUUUCCAGGUGCGGUUUAACAGGUCCGAUCUCGAGCAGGCUGUCGAAUCUGAAAAACCUAACGGCGCUGUCGCUGGAAGGCAACCACCUGAGCGGCAGUGUCCCGCCGGAAUUAGCGACGCUGCCUCGUCUGAACGCGCUCAACUUAAGCAGCAACCAUCUCGCCGGCGAGAUAUUGUUUCCAGGUGAUUUCAUAAGCAGGCUCGGCAACAGGCUCGACGUCAGGGAAAACGACAAUUUAUGCAGUAGACAACAAUCGGCGAUGAGCAAUCCAAAUCCUGGCAGAUUCUUGCAGCUCCCUCCUUGUCCGAGCGCAGAAAUUCCGACGACAUUGGCAGACAAGAACAAGAACAAGAACAAGAACAAGCCGGCAACGCUAUGCAGAGGGAACAAAAGCUCCAGCAGCAGUGCCCACACUUUCGACGAUGAUGAUGAGAAGAAGAUCAUAAUUCUUUUCCCUGUCGCAGCAAUGAUCGGCCUCUUCUUGUUUGUUCUUUAGCUCGUGACAAUUUUUUUUUUUUUAAAAAAAGAAAAAGAAAAAAAGGGGUCUGUGGUAAUAGUACUGUUUGUUAUGUUUUCGAGGAAUGAGG